AUGCGAGCCCUUCUGUUUGUUUCUGCCCUUGCUUGCAUUUUCCAGGCCGUUUCUGCCUCUGAAGACUUCGUCGACCCCAAACCAGUCCCGCGGUACUUGCGGGAUCCCACGGUCAUCCAGAAGAGAGACGAUUCUGAAACCAACCACUCGACUGUCGUCUCGCUGGUCACCUGGACCCCCCAAAGCCAGCGCAUCAUCGACAUGGCCAAGUUCGGCUGGGCGCUCAAGGCGGCGCGCUGCACCGAGGACAUGAUGCUGCAGUUCCGGCACAACAUCAGCUUCCAGGCCGCCAAGCGCGAGCGACGCUUCACCGUUGCCUGCGCUGACUGCGGUGUCCGGGGUUCGCUCGAGUUUGCCGGCCAUGUUGAGGGGAGCGUCUCUGGUGGGCUCGACCGCCUGGUGCUCUCGGCCCGGCCGCUGGGCCUCGGCGCGGCGCUUAACCUCGAGGCUACCCUGAAGGGUUCUACGAUUUCUCGGGCAAGGACUGGGCUAAUCAGGAGUUUGAGCUCUUCUCUAUCCCUCUGCCUUUGGGUUGGAGAAUACCAGGAGCUCAGGUCCAUCGAAGCCCAGGCUACCAUAACCGCAAGCAUCUCGGCCACCAUUUCGGACAGUUCGAUUGCCAAGUUUCAUCUCAUCUCCGAGGAGAAGGUUCAGGUGGAGGGUUGGGCGCCAAAAUUUGACUUCCAGCCGCCUACAUUGGAAGCGGCCGCCCUCAAGGCGAAAGGGAAGGUCUGGGGCAAGGUUGCGGUUGCUGUUAGCUUGGAGAUUAUUGACGAGAACGGCAUAACGGCCGAUGUCCACCUCAAAGUCCCUCUAUCGAUCGAGGCAGAGAUGGGCUACAAUAGCGAGGGAUUUUGUGACGACAGCAGCAACUGUUUGGUGCCUCGCUGGAACUCAAUGUCGGCGCCGUCGUCGGCUUGGAGGCCUGGAAAGGAGGUCGACGGCAAGAAGGACGUCUUCUUCAACCAGGUGCUCUUCGAAGACCUCGAGGUCCCUGAGCUUCCCUCUAUUUGUCUCAGCUUUGGCGAUGCUCCCGAGGGAUCCUGCAUCUCCGCCGACAUGGACGAGGAAAUGGCCACCUGGUGGGAUAACGAACGUGCUGUCUUGGUGCCGCGGGCCGAGAAGCGCCGCAGUCGCGAGGAAGAGGAAAAGUGGAAAUACUACAACUUGAAGUGCGACCCGCGUGUCAAGUACAAGACACAUUCGAAAUGGCCCAUCUGGCUCAAGCAUUGCCCGCCGCCGCCCGAGAUCAGAGACAACGCACAUGCCGGGAACCCAGUGCCCAUCAUGCAGAUUGGCAUCAACCUACCCGGCUGCAGCACCGAGCCGGACGCAGUUGAGCCUUGCCACCCCAAAAGCGAGCACGUCUACGAGGGCAACUGGAUCCGCAAUUUCCUCAACGACCUCCAGGCGAAGCACUUCCCGGGGGACAGCGGCUGCGAACAACUCGCUAAGGACGUGUUCAAGAUCGGCCAGGCGGACGGCCCUGCCGACGGGAUGCUCAACAGGAUCGGCAACGACGCGAACUACGAUAAGGCCAUAACACUUUUCCCCGUGAGGGAGAACGGAUACAAGUUCCGUAUCGACAUCCCGUUCGGAGGAGACAGAAACAAAUUGUAUACCGUCCUCGGCGGCACAUGCGCACUGGGCCGCAUAGUCGCCACAUGCCAGUACAUGGAGCACGCCGAGACGCGAAAGCGGCUCAAGUAUUCCAUCCGUGAGAUGGACGCCGUCCUGGCAAAGCUGGAGCAGGACGCCAGCGCGCCAAAGCCCGGGACCCUCACGAGCUACCAGGAGGCGCACAAGCAGUGGUUCAUCGCCAUGUACGCCUCGGGCAUUGAGAACCUGCAGGACCAUACCAUCAAGGCUGCUGAAUAUCUCACACAUCCUGACCGCAAGACCGACUACGAUCGGCUGCCCCAGGACAUCACGGACAGGAUUGAGUUGUUGGUGUCGGCGAAUGCCACCCUGGUUGCGAAGGAGCUUUGCCCAGGCACCUUUGUGUAUCCCUGAGAGCCUAAGGUGAGGAGAGAUGGUUAAGGUAUGUAGACUAGGCACCAGGCGUAGGGCAUUAUCACGAUGAAAGAAUGGAAAGGGGGCUGGGGACUCGCGUUCUUGAUCAGACUCGAUUGGGGUCAUGUUCUCUAGUUCAGGCUUGUCUUCCUUCAGUUAUUCUUCUUCCCACUUGGCUUAAGCCAUUGUGCUUCUUCUUUAAAUGUUUGAACCUACCUAGUGAGACCUCAGAUUCUGAGCUUCAUUCUGUUCCCCAAUCCUAG